AUGCGCCCACCUUUCCCUCUCUCCGCCGUCAGGCAGCGUGCUCUCGCAACCGCAAAACCGCAAUGCCUGCGCAGAGUCUCCUCUGCGCUGCGUCUGGCUCGACAUCCGCAGGCUCGUACGACCUCUCCGAGACGGUAUGUGAGCCACCAGACGUCCUCGGGAGAGCGGGAUAGGGCUGCGGUCGGGGUAUUCACCCCCAAAGCUGCUAUUCUCUUUGUUCUUUCCGGAGUCGGUCUGUUCUGGUACUUCCGGCACGAAAAGGCCAAACUGCUCGAGCAACGCGAAAAGGAACUCGAAUCACGCCAAUAUGGCCGCGCACACGUCGGCGGCCCCUUCUCCCUCAGCACACACAAGGGCGAGCCCUUUACCGAAAAGGACCUGCUGGGCAAAUGGAGCCUCAUCUACUUCGGCUUCACGAACUGUCCCGAUAUCUGCCCCGCCGAGCUGGAUAAGAUGAGCACCAUCUACCCGGGCGCCGUCAUCCAGCCCAUCUUCAUCUCCGUGGACCCCGCGCGCGACUCCCCCGCGCAGAUCGCGAAGUACCUCACCGACUUCCACCCGCGCUUCGUCGGGCUCACGGGGCCGUACGACGCCGUCAAGGCCGCGUGCAAGGCGUACCGCGUGUACUUUAGCACGCCGCCGGGCACGAAGCCCGGCGACGACUACCUCGUCGACCACUCAAUCUUCAUAUACCUCAUGGACCCGGCGGGCCAGUUUGUAGAUGCGUUCGGGCAGGUGACGGGCGUCGAGGACGUCGUGGCGAGGUUCGAGAAGGAGGUGGGCGAGUGGGAAAAGGAGAAGGGGCGGAAGGUGUGA